AAUCAUUAAAUUGGCACCUAGCUAGCCUCCGUCAGCUGCACUCCAUCAACCAUUAAUAUAUCCUCAAAUAUAUACUACGUACAGUAAUUAAUUGGAUCGUUGCAGAGAUAGAUCUAUCGGAAUAAAUAAUUAAUACUGAUCGAUCGAUCAUUUAAUUAGCUUAGGUUGUGUUUAUGGUAUAUAAAGAUGGAGGAGAAUAGUAAAAAUCUUCCGCCGGGAUUUAGGUUCCAUCCGACGGACGAGGAGCUGAUCACGUAUUACCUGAGUAAAAAGGUUUCCGACUUUGGGUUCUCCCCCAUUGCCAUUGCUGACGUAGAUCUCAACAAGUGCGAGCCUUGGGACCUCCCAGGAAAAGCAUCAAUGGGAGAGAAGGAAUGGUACUUCUUCAACCUCAGGGACCGGAAAUACCCGACUGGCCUGAGGACAAAUCGGGCAACUGAAGCGGGGUAUUGGAAGACGACCGGCAAAGACAAAGAGAUCUUUCGAGGUGGCAGUGUGUUGGUGGGGAUGAAGAAAACACUGGUGUUUUACAGAGGAAGAGCCCCAAAGGGUGAGAAAACCAACUGGGUUAUGCAUGAAUAUAGGCGCGAACCUAAACAUGCCUUCAAACCUACCAAGGAGGAAUGGGUGGUGUGUAGGGUAUUCCAAAAAUCUAAUACAACAUUGAGAAAAUCUCAACAAACAACAUCUUCACCACAAUCUCUAGAGUCUCCUUGUGAUACCAGCACCACCAUAGCCAAUGAAUCGGGAGAUAACGAUCAACCGAAAUUUGACACCAUAGUAUCAUAUUCUUCUCAUGCCGGGAUCAACAGCAACAUUUAUUUGCCAAAUUACGACAGCAAUGAGGGUGUGUAUAUGGGCAUCAUGAACAGCAACAUCAACAUGAAUGCUACUCUCCCCCUACUCCCCUGGUCACCACCGUUGCUUAGCUCAAAUCUUUCAUCCGUCAAUUCAUUGCUCCUUAGAGCAUUACAAUUUAGAGGUAAUAAUGUAUGCCAACCAACAGUAAUGGAUCAUAAUCAAGCUGUUAUAUGCAAUAGUACUGAUGAUUAUGCAUGCAUGCCACAAGGGUUGAUGGACAAUACUAUUUCACAAUUUGGUAAUGAGUUGAUCAACACUACUAGCAAUUUCAUGGGACUGCCAACUUCUUCCUCCGUGAUUUUAGAUUUUGUGAAUAAUCAACAACACUCACAAGAGAGACCAUACAAGGAACAUACCAACAACUUGUGACUUGUGAGGCUUCAACUGCCUUUAGACACUCUUAUUUGUAACUUAUUUCAUGUUUAGCUUGUAAAAAACUAGAAACUAAAUGUUUUGUUUUUGUAGUCUUCAAAUUCAUGCAUGGAGGUUUUACCAUGACAGUACUGAAGUAUUGAGUGCUCAAUUAUGCAUCAUGACCAUUACAAUGUAUUUCCAUCUGCUUACAAAAUCGUAGUAUUAAACUUAAUGUGACAUAGAAAAUAAGAACUUCAACUAAAUGUGGUAACAUUAUGUAUAUAUAUUUAGAGGAAUUUAUUUAUGUGUUUAUCAUUACGUAUAUGUUUUCAUUC